GCGCCGAACAAAUUUUGGUUGAAUCGCGCUCCCACACAACGAUAAUUUGCGGUGAAGAUUGCUGUGCUGUUAUUUCAAGAAUUCAGUUCUUCCUGCCAUAGAGAAUUUAGCGUAAUGUCCUGAGAAUUGGUCUGAUUACUCUGAUUCAUAAUGGACCCGAAGAAAGACCAAGAACAAGAGGUUGCGGUGUCGGACGACGACGGGCCUGAACAGGAGGACGCCGAAUCUGAGCCACAGAACCCUGAAGACGAUGGUUCAGAUUACGAUGACGAUGAUGAUGACGACGUUGAGCAAGUGGAAGAUGAGGAAGACGACACAGAGGAGAGAUAUUCGGCACGGGCUCAGCCACCUUCUCGAAGUCGCAGUCCGAUUGAGGUCGAGGUUCUUAGCAGCGAUGAUGAGGAAGAGCCGCCUGCACAGGCGUCUUCGCAAACUGCCCGAAGCAGUUCCCCUAAAGAUUUAGAGCAGUCGUCUCAGAUGACCGAGGAAGAGGAUCCCACUGACGAGGAUGAAGAUGAAGAAGAGGAGAUGCAGCAAGAAGUCUACGAGUCGUACGAGGAGUCUGCGGCUUCUGAUGAGGAACAAAGCGAGGAGGAAAAUCGCCUUCAUAUUUCUGAGCAAGAUAGAGAAGAGCCAGGUUCGCCUGAAAAAAACGAAGAGGUCGAGGAAAUGGAAAGCGAGCAAAAAGAGCCUGAAUCUGACGUUGACUACCAGUUCUCCAAACCCUUUGAGCCCACAGAACCGCUUGACUUGCCUGUGAUGGAUCCGCUGACUCAAUACUUAAUGGACAGCGUUGAAGAACUCAAGGUGUUACCUGAUUACGUACUCACCAAGCUGACAAAUAUUUGGGCUUCCAAGGAUAGAGAGUUGAAAAACCUUAGAGAACAAUUGUCAGUUAACAGUGAGGAAGCUUCAACCUCAAGGAUUGCAGACUUGGAAGAAACCCUUCAGUCAGAAGUAGCACCAGUGGAGCAAACCGUGGAAGCCCUUAAUGAUGCGCUUCUGAAGAAACACAGAGAGUUGAAAAUCUUGCACUUGCAAAGAGAUGGCAUCCAGUUGAGGGAGAAAGAGUUGUUGAGGCAGCUUAGAUGCAAAGAUGAGGAAGUGCAACGAAUUGUCUCUGAAAACGCGAGCUUGAGUGCCCAACUUAACAGUGCGAUUACUUCAAAGUGUGAUGCUCUUUUGAAGAUGCAGAAUAUCGAAGGAAGAGAAAUCCAAUUGAACAACAAGGAAUGGAGACUGGACCAAGAAAACGCCUCAUAUAGAUCCAACUUAAAAAAUAUGACUGAAAAGCUGGACUUGCAUACUCGUGAAUUGACCCAAUUGAAGCACGAGACCUCUGUCAAGAUAACUGACUUGGAAAUUCAACUGAGAGAAUCUAAAAAAGAGGCUGAAGAGUCGGAGAAACUUGCCUCAUACCUAAAAGAGGCACUAGCGCAAAAGGAGCGCAAAGUGGAAAAUCUCCAAGAAAAGCUUAGGGAUGUCAGAGACGCUGAAAUUUCUUUGCAGGAGGCCCACAAUCAAGAGAUUCAAGCCAAGACCAGAAUGGCAAAGUUAUAUGAGGAGCAAACUUCUGAUUCCGACAAAAUCAUCACCGAGUACAUCGCCACAAUAAAAGAUCUACAGAGCACUGUGAAGGAAGCUGUUGAGAAAUGCGGAGAGCUGGAAACCAGGGCUGAGACUGAAAAAGCUAGUUACGAACAAGAAAUCAGCCAGAAGAAUAAGAUGAUUUUUGAAAUGCGUGAUGAGUUGAAACGUGCCAACGAGCUGAUUGAGCAGCUGAAAGAGGCUGAGAUGGAGGAGCAAGUGUCAUCAAUCGCGCCGUCUGCCUCAACAGCUAGGCACAUCAUAAACUCAAAGCUCUCCUUCACUGAAAUCUACAACAUGUACAAGACCAAGGAGAAUGAGCUUGCCCUUGCCAGUGCGGAGAUUGAGCACUUGAAGGAAACAAUGGAGUUAGUUGUACGAGAGGUCGAGGAAAAGGCUCCAAUCAUCAGCAAGGACAAAGAAAUUCUGAACAUGACGCAGGCAGAAAAUGAGAGAAUCCUGGGUGAUUAUGACAAGGUGGCCAAAGAACUGGUGCUUGCCAAAGAAGAAACCCGACAGAUCAGGCAAAAUGCCGGUCUGUACAAGAGAGACAAUGAGCGAAAGGAUGUCCAAAUUGCUGACUUGAGCAAGCAGGUUGUGGUGCUUCUUCGCGAAGUCGAGGCUCUAACAUCAAGGCGGCCAAUGAUGCGUGCGAACCUCAAUCAAAGCUUUGACGUCUAUGCGAGCAUGACUCCAAGUCAAAUGCUGACUCAGCGUCUUGUACCGUUCAGAGACAUCGAAGAGUUGCAAAGCAGAAAUCUGGAGCUGCUGGCCAUUGUCCGAGAUUUGACCCAGCAAGCUGAGGAAGCUGCGCAGAUGAAAGAAAGUGGAAUGGACCUUGUGACGUUAUCAAAUCAGCUAGAAAAGGCCCUUGAAGAGCUGAAAGAGCUGAAGGACAAAGAGAAGCAACACACACUCCUCAUUGAGCAACUCACAGAACAAAGAAACCAGUUCAGAGAAAUAUCUCAGUCAGGCAAAGGAUUCCAAGACACUGGUGUAUCUCCUAUGAAAUUCGAUGCUUCUCCAAUGAAGAGAACUUUCAUUCCCUCUCUUGAGGAUCGCGAACUGAAAGCCAAACUGCUCAAGACGCAAGAGUCAUUAGCAAAAAUCAACCAAGAAUUUGAUUCAUUGAUCAAGGAGAGAAGCGAGGAAUCUGCCAACUACAAAAAGGAGAUCGAAAAGCUGAAGCAAAAUAUCGAGGAUAAAAACAUUGCUCAAGCCAAGCUGAAUGCAUUGUGUGAAAAUCGUGAGGGCAAACUUGCCAACGCCCAAGACAAGGUGAAAGAACUCACCAAGCAGAUUGAGUCGCUGGAGUCCAAGUGCAAGGCGCAGACUGAAUGUGUGACAAGUGAAACUAAGAAGCGGCAAGAGCUGCUGAAUGAGAUGAAUCACGUGCGCUGCAACCUGAAUCGUUGCGAGGCGACUUUGAGCAAGACUCGCACUGAGCUGGAGAGUGCCAGAUCCAAGGAAGAGGCUCUCAAGAAGGAAUGCGAAACUUGGAAGAAAUCCUUUGAGGAGCGUGGCUCAAUUCAAGCCUCUGUUGAACAAAUGAGACUGGCUUUGGAAAGGUCCAGGAAUGAGGGAAGUGAAAUUUUGAUCCGCCAACUUGAUGAGGCUAGACUUGAGGCAGCAAGUUUGCGAAAGCGGCUUCAGGAGGAGACCAAGAGGUAUGGAGAGGAGUUGAACCAACUGAAACUCGCUCUCGACCAAGAAAGAGAAAACGUGCUUAAGGAACGCGCAAGCACAGAGCAAGUGUGUGACGAAAAGCUGGUCGUUCAGGCACAACUCUCUCAAGCAUUGCGUGAUGUACAAGCACUGAGGGCCCACAGGAACCCCAGCGUGGACUCUUCAAUUCAGACUGAAGUGUUUGUGAGUGAGGAGGUUGUCAGAGAGAAGAUUAUGGCCCAGCGUGCUUCCGAGUACGAGGUGUUGGUUGAGUCUCUGAAGUCUGAACUUGACCAAGCCAAGAAGAAGGCUUUGGAGUUCAAAAACAUCGCAGAUGCUACAGAGCGAAGUUCUGUUGAGCUGAAAGAAGCUCUUGAAACUGCCCAGACAGAUGCGAAACAGAGCAAAGAGACUUUUGAAGAAAGUGAGAAGCAAACAAAAUUAAAGAUCGAGCAGUUGGUGUCUAAGCUAGCUGAAGCGCAGGCAAAGGUACAAACUGCUAGCGCAGAAGCCACUCACCAGCUGGACAUAGUGAAGCAACAGUUGCAGGAGGUUCAAGCGGAAAAACAAAGACUGCAAUACAUUGUCGAGGAGAGCCAGGUUCUAAAGAGUGCUUUGGCUGCUGCUGAGGAGGAGUCCAGACGCAUUGGCGAACGCCUCACGCACGAAACGGAGCAGAACAUGAAAAAUAUGGAGAGCAUUGAGGCACUCAAAUGCGAAAUAAUCGUUGUUGCUGCUGACAAGGCGGCUGUUGUUGAUGAGCUUGAAGAAUACAAACGCCUGGUUUCUCAAUUUGAAAUCGACCUGGAGGAAAAGGAGAGGUGCUUGGCAGAAGCCAAUUCUGGGCAUGAGCUAGAGAAGCAGCAAAUCAAGGAGCACAACGAAGCCCUGCACAAUCAACUGCAAACGAUGGGUGCUGAGUUGAGCGCUCUGAAGCAGGGCACUCUGUCUGAGAGGAGCAUGUUCUUGGGCGAAGGAGCCAGUCAGCUAAAUCUCAGCAACAUCUCUGUUGAUGACUCACAGUCUUCGGAACAACUGAUGCAGGUCAUCAAGCAUUUACGAAGAGAAAAAGACUCUCUCUCUCUUCAGUGCGAGGAGUUCAGGGUCAAAUGGGCUGAAGCAAAGGCCAGGUCUGAAGCUCUUGACCAACAGUUGGAGGAGGCGGCCAGACGUUCUGCAUUGGAUACUCCAGAGGGUCCGGAACUGGUGACCAGGGCCAGAUACGAGGAACUGCUUCGAAAAAUUGAGAUGAUGGAUGCUCUGAGCGAAUCCGCAAAACUGAAGCGGGAGGCGUGCACUGAACUGCAGAAGGCCAACACGGAGUUGGAGACUAGAAUCCGAUCGCUACUGCAAGAAGUCACGGAUGCCCAGGCACAAGCUAGGAAGUACGAGGCAAUGGCUGGCUCAUUGCAGGCCGACUUAGUGGCUGUGAGAGGAGAGACAGAAAGAUGGCGAACUUGUGCCAACCAACUAACUGAAAAGGCUAAUCAAGCCAACCCAGAGGAACUGAAGAGACUGCUGCAGGAGCGAGAAAACUUGCAGAAGCAGUUGCAUUCCGAGCGGGAAGCGUUGAGCAAGGAACGGGAGGAAGGCAAAAAAAUAAAGGCCGCUCUCGCUGAAAAGGAGCAGCAAUUAACUAGCCUUCGAACCGAAGCCACUCAGACCAAGACCAAUCUGGCCAAGAUCACAGAGGAGCACACUAAACUAACCGCUGCUAACAAAGAACUUGGCGACAAGCACAAAGAUCUGGCUUCGAAGGAACUGACUGUUCGACGAAUAGCCAAGAAGUACAAGACUCAGUAUGACAAUCUCUUGGUGGAAGUGAAAAAGAAAGAGGAAUCCAGCGCAAGCUCUAACGCCGCUGAUGCGGAGCAAAUUAAGGAAUUGCAAGAAAAGCUAAAAACAUCUGAGACAAGAGCCGAGGAGUUGGAAUCCAAGGUGCAAGAGCUGGAAGCUAAGAUUCAAGAUAAUGACUCGCAGUAUUCGACGAAGCAAAGUGAACUCGAUCAGCUGCAGGAAGAGAUUAACAGUAUAAAGCAGAAGGGUGACAAACUGAAGGAGUUUUUGACUCAGGCCAGGAAAUCCAUUGCUGAGAAAAACAAUCAGUGCGAAGAAUUGAAGAAAGAAGUGAAAAUCCUGUCUGAUGCUCGAAAUCAGCUAGUUCAACACAAUGAUGAGUACAGAUCAAGAACAACUGCUCUACAGAGCAACUAUGAGGGUAAAAUUGCCAGGCUCGAAAAGGAGAAACAGGAAUUGCUAGCUCAGUUGGAAACGCUGCAUUCCGCGCAGCAGCACCAACCUCAGCAAGAUGUUGAGAUGCCAAAAGUUCAGGAGGAAAAGCCCCAGUCAUCUCCUCAAAUAGAGAUUCAGCAGGCCUCAACAAGUGAUGCAAAGAGCCUGACGCGAACUGCCAACGUUCCUCCUUUGUUCACCGCUCAAGGCCGUGGACGUGGACAAUCAGUUGUGGUUACUCCGACCACCCGCGGUACGCCGACUGCCCUUCUGAAGCCAAUGCAAUCUGAGAGCGGCCAGGUGCAGGCGCCGACAAGCAGCGCCGUCGCUGAGUCCAGCACCUCUAGCGCGCGUGCACCGACCACCACCGUCAGGAGCACUGCCAAGGUGGAGAACCAGCCAGUGGAAGCCGCAUCCACCAGCAUGGAGGGGCAGGAGGACGUGCCUACGCUGCUUGUCCGCCCGCAUGAGGUGCACCCAGCAGUCUCUUCAAGCCAGACGCCGGCUGCCUCGAGCCAUUCACAGGCAGCAAUCAGCAGCCAUAUCACCCUGAAGAGGACACGUGACUCUGUGUCCCCUAUGCCUCAGGAGGAGGAACCCAGAACUAAACAAUUAAAGAGUGAGGUUGAUUCAGCUAGUGCUGCUGUAGAAGAAAUUGAUGAAGAGCCCAGCUCUUCCCAUAAUGAAAUGAGUGAAGAGGACGUGAUAUUCGUUGAAGAUGAAUAUGCAGGCACUGAUAAUGAGAUGCAGGCCAAUGCUGAUGAGGAGGCGAUUGAGGACGUUGAAGAUGAGGAAGAAGAGGAUGAAGAAUCGAAAGAGGAGGAGGGAAACCUUGAAGGGGAAAAUGACGAAAAUGAAGACGGAGAUGAGGAUAAGCGAGAUGGUGAUGGAGCAGCUCAGAAAUUCCUAGAGAAGCCUGAAGAGGAAGCUGAAGGUAAUGCUGAUGAAGACGAAAUUUUGACUGGUGAGGACCAAACGAUGGAGCCUCAAGAGGGACAGGUUGAGGAUGUGGAAGAUGACAAUGAAGUGCUCAUUGAAGAUGAAGAAGAAAGUGCCCCAGCUGCCGUUGUUGAGAAUGAGCCACCACUUGAACAGCAGCAGGUUAAUGUUGCUGUACCCCUGGCCCCGGUUGGUCAGCAGCCACCCCCACCAGCACUGUCGCAGCAUCAUGCCUUUGAAGAGUUGGGAGAUUUUGGAAUAGUUCCAUCGACGCCCACGCUGUUUGCCCGCCAAAAUGUGUUCAGCGAGGCGGUCGGAUCGGCCCCUCAAGUUCCUCAAGUUAGUGCCGGCUUGCAGACCCAAGAGGCAGGCCCUUCUCAUUCCAGUGCCCCUGAGGCACACUCAGCUGAUCGCUUGGAGGUUGCCGAGGAGAGCACAGGAAGAAGCGUUCCCACCACGCCUCUCAUGACUUCGCCACCAGAAAACAUCCCAGAAGGUGACGAUGAGGGGGUUAAUCGUGUCAAUCAGAUUGAUGAUGUGAUCGAGAUCGAGGAUGACAACGAAGGCAUCAUCAUUGUUAUGAGCGACCAGCCCAGCUCCAGCUCUGCUGUCCCUUCCAUCAGUGUCACAGCCCCUGCUGGUGGACCAGUUGCUAGAGGAGUGAAUCGAGCCCGUCGCUCUGGAGGAAACUUUGGCCCAGGACGUGCUCGCGCAGCCAGACCAACCCCUAUUGUGUGGGAACCGUCUAGCAGUCAGCAACAGCAGCAGCAGCCGCCGCCACAGCAGGCGACAGCCAGGGGCAGAGCUUCAUCCAGCAGGGCUCGUUCAACCCGCUCAACUCGCGGUGGAAACAGCGGAAGUCCCUUCACGCCGCUCGAUUUCAUGUGAACUCAAUUUUGUUUUGUUUCUAGUAAUAUGCUGUAAAAGAAUAAACAAAUCGCAUUUUUUAACUUUGAUGAACACUAA